AGAGAGGGGCAGCUCCCCGAGAUGCUUCUCGCGCUGGCCUGAGCCGGUUGCCCUGGAAACCUUUGCUUGAGGACUCCCACGCCCGCGCGCCUGGAAGCCAAGGACGUCGCCGCCGAGCACUGCGAUUCCUACUGGCUGCUCCUCACCCCCAUUCAUUGCAAUUGACCAAUGGGAAGAUUCGGAGGACCGGAAGCACUCAUGUCCUCCAACCAGUCAGAGCUGCCCUAUUGUCUGAAUGCAGACCCUGGACAAUACGUUUUUGAAGCUUCUCGGCAAAGCCGCUGCUGCUGCUCCUCUCUCUCUGAAUGCAGACUGAGCUUCACCCCAGACAGCAACUUCCUCCUCCGUCCAACAUCUUGAUAUUAAAAAAGAAGGGGAGACAUGCAGACAGAAAUCUCAAACCCAGCCAAGAUUUGAGAAACUCAUUCAGUUCUGCAGGACCAGAAUAGCAUCGACCUUUGAAUUGAGAAGGAGAAAGUGUGCGUGUUCUGUCUGCUUCUCGAGAUUGCAAACAUCAAUGCGACUGUCUAAAACACCAAGUCACACCACCUGAGUGUGACUGGUGAGCGAACUGACUUUGGAAAGAGCUUUAACCAGUUGCACAGAAAAGACAUUGCACCAUAUAGAGUGAAGAGAGAUCAUAUGCAUGCGUGUGUGGGCAAGGGUUCAGCUGAUGUCCAAACUUUAACAGACGCAAGGACAGCAGCACCAUGAAUAAACCAUGGAAAUGUGAGGACUGUGGAAAGGCUUUCUGUUCUCCGUCUGCACUCGAAACCCAUCGGCGGAUUCACACGGGAGAGAGGCCGUUCACCUGCUGCAUGUGCGGAAAGGGCUUCACUCAGUUGUGCAGCCUGCAGACGCACCAGCGAGUUCACACGGGCGAGAGGCCAUUCAACUGUACUCUGUGUGGGAAGGGCUUCACUCAUCAGUCGGCCGUGAUGCGGCACCGGCAGGUUCACGCCAGGGACAGGCUGUUCAUCUGCUCCGGUUGCGGGAAGGCGUUCACUCAGCUGUGCAGCCUGCAGGCCCACCAGCGGGUCCACACCGGGGAGAGGCCGUUCUCCUGCCCCGUGUGCGGGAAGGGCUUCACCCGGUCGUCCGCAGCGCUGCAACACCAGCAAGCCCAUGCGGGGGAGAGACCGUACACCUGCUCCGAGUGCGGGAAGGGGUUCACUCAGUCGUCCCACUUGCUGACGCACCAGCGGGUUCAUACCGGAGAGAGGCCGUUCGCCUGCUUGGAGUGCGGGAAGGAAUUUGGAGAUUCGUCCAACUUACUGACUCACCAGCGGGUUCACACCGGGGAGAGGCCGUUCGCCUGCUCCGAGUGCGGGAGGGGAUUCACUCAGUUGUCUCACCUGCUGAGACACCGGCGCUUCCACACCGGGGAGAGGCCCUUCACUUGCCCCGUGUGCGGGAAGGGAUUCGCUCAGUCGUCUGCCGUGUCGCAGCACCGGCGCGUCCACUCCGGGGAGAGGCCUUUCACCUGCUCGGUGUGCGGGAAGGGGUUCGCUCAGUCGUCCAACCUGCUGACCCACCAGCGGGUCCACACCGGGGAGAGGCCGUACACUUGCUCCGAGUGCGGGAAGGGCUUCACUCGGUCAGCCCACCUGCUGAGGCACCAGCGACUGGAAGCCCAUCGCCGGGUUCACACCGGGGAGAGGCCGUUCACCUGCUCAGUGUGCGGGAAGGGGUUCACUCGGUUGGCCAGCCUGCAGACGCACCAGCGCGUCCACUCCGGAGACAGGCCGUUCUGCUGCUCCGAGUGCGGGAUGGGGUUCAGCGCUUCCUCCCAUCUGCUGAGGCACCAGCGGGUCCACUCGGGCGAGAGGCCGUUCCCUUGCUCCCAGUGCGGGAAGGCCUUUCGGUUUUCGUCCAAUCUCUGGAAGCACCAGCGGGUUCACAGCGGGGCGAGGCCGUUCACUUGCACGGCCUGCGGGAAGGCGUUCGGCACAUCGUCCAGCCUGCUGAACCACCGCGCCACGCACGCCAGCGAGAGGCCUUUCAAGUGCUCUGACUGCGGGGCCGGCUUCAAAAACUCCGGCGACCUGAUGGUCCACCAGCGGACUCACACCGAGGAGAGGCCGUUCAGCUGCGCUCACUGCGCCAAGAGGUUCAGAGUUUCGGCCGACCUCCGGAGGCACCAGCGGGUCCACACCGGCGAGAGGCCUUUCGCUUGCACCGUGUGCCAGAAGAGAUUCGCCCGGCUCGCCAGCCUGCAGAGCCACCGGCGGGUCCACACCGGCGAGAGGCCUUUCCCGUGUUCGGAGUGCGAGAUGCGCUUCAGCGCUUCCUCCCACCUGCGGAGACACCAGCGAGUUCAUGAGUGAUCGUUGCUGCCCUUCAGGGGUGGCACAGUGGUCAGCGCCGCUGCCUCUCAGUGCCAGGGACG